AUCCUAUCAGAUCAUAGAAGUGGUUGAUAAUCUGAUCUAACUAAAUUUUCAAAUAAAUAUAAUUAAAAUGUUUAAGUCACAGUGUUUAUUGUUUUGUUUGUGCUAUGUCAUCAUCAGCGCUUAUGGUAACGCGGUGCCUUUCAUUGACAAGUGCGAAUGGAAAGACAAAACCUGCCUGAAGACAUCUGCGCAAAAAGCUGUUCCCUUCUUUGGAAAUGGCUUACCCGAGUACGGAGUUAAGCCUUUGGACCCCAUCCACAUUGACAAAGUCUCAUUAGACGAAAGUGGCUUGAACCUCAUUUUUGAAGACUUCAAAGUUAGCGGACCAAGCAAGUGCAAAAUAUUGAACAUGGAGCGUGACGAAGCACCUACUUAUUUGAAACUUGAAGUUGAAACUCCCAUCGAUGUCGUGGGUACUUAUACUGCUUCUGGACAACUGCUGUUUGUGCCCAUCGAAGGUCACGGUCCCUUCCGCGUGAAAUCUAACAACAUCUACAUCUCAGCUAAAGUAGCUGUAUCAACUGUUGACGGGUCUGAUGGAGAGAAACAUUGGAAGAUCGGCAAAUUCGAAUACACUUACGAAGCUAAAGAGAAGACUUUACUUGAAUUCAAAAAUCUCUUCAACGGAGACAAGACCAAAGCUGCACCCAUCGAGAAGAUUUUGGAUGAAAAUUGGUCGGAACUUAUGAAAUUGUUCGCCAAACCUAUCAUUUCCAAGAUUAUUCAUGAAAUUAAGGAUGACAUCCAAUCAUUCGUCAAGGCCGUACCUAUUAAGGAUUUAUCUCUUUAAUUGAUAUUAGUUUUGUAUUAUAAUCCAGUGUAAGAAUGAAGAACA